AUGCAUACGAUGUUAAUGCGCUUUAUUUUCAUAUGUUACAACGCCUCACUCGCCCUCCUGCAUCUCAGCCCAGUGCGUCAUGUCCCGGCGACAGAUCGAGUCCAUGAGACAGAGCUCGAAGGUCCUGACGGAGGAGAAAAUAUCUACCGCGUCGUCGCCGCCUCCCGGGUCUCGCAUGCUCCUGAGCAGGCUCCGCAGGGGGAUCAGGUCCUCCAGCUGCCACCAGUCCUCCCCAAGAUCAUCCUCCUGCUCCGCCACGAAGUUGGGGUCCUGGUCGCAGCGGUCGGUGGACGCGGUGAGUAG